AUGAUCAUGGACAACCUGAUUGACUUGGCUCUUCAUAACAGACUCUCAAGCGUUAGUAAAAAUGGGCAAUCUGUCGCCGACGAAGAGCCCUUUUUCGUAGCAGACCUCGGCCAAGUCGUCCGCCAGCAUCGCCGAUGGAGGUCAGCCCUUCCUCACGUCCACCCUUUCUAUGCGGUGAAAUGCAAUGCCGACCCAACCCUCCUCAGACUGCUCUGUGAGCUCGGCACCGGGUUCGACUGCGCCUCCAUCGCGGAACUCCAGAGCGUACUCAGCCUGGGCGUCGACCCGUCGCGCAUUGUCUUUGCCAACCCUUGCAAGACGGCGUCGUCGCUCGUGUUUUCCCGGCGCGUGGGCGUCACGCACACGACGUUUGACAACCUCGAUGAGCUGGACACUAUCAAGGCGUAUCACCCUGAUGCGCAACUUGUUCUUCGGAUCUUCGCCAGUGACAGUGAUGCGCUGAUUGAUUUUGGGGAGAAGUUUGGGGCCUCGACUGAGUAUGUCCCUUUACUGUUGGCUCGAGCGAGGGAACUAGACUUGAACGUGACGGGGGUUAGCUUCCAUGUUGGAACCGGCGCAAUCAAUGCAUUCGCCUUCAUCAGGGCCAUCCAAAACGCCAAAGCCGUCUUCCACCAAGCCGAGAAUCAAGGUUUUCAAAUGACCCUCCUGGACAUUGGCGGCGGAUUUCAGGAUAGCAACUUUGAGGGUAUUGCAUCCUCAGUGCAUAAGUACCUCUGCGAAGAGUUUUCCCCCCACGUCCGAGUCAUUGCUGAGCCAGGUCGCUAUUACGCGCGCAGCGCUUACACACUCGCCUGCAAGGUCAUUUCCCGACGGAGGCAGAUUGGCGAUGUCCGCAAAACGGAAGAACCGGACAUGCUAUACCAGAAUGACGGCGUGUAUGGGUCCUUUAUGAACGUGAUUAUGGAAAAGGAGAUCAUGAGGCCGAGUCUGAUCACUUCGCUUUUACCUCCCCACUACCUAUCUGGUGGGGCAACGGGAAAGAGACAGCAGGGGGAACGGAGGUACUCGAUCUGGGGUCCGACGUGUGAUAGCUUGGACUGCGUGGUGAGAGAUGCGGUGUUGGAGUCGGAGGUGAAGGUGGGGGAUUGGCUGAAGUAUAAGAAUAUGGGUGGUAAGCAAGAAUCUUUCCUUUGA